AAUCCGACAGUCUUGAAGGCAGCAGGGAUGAUGCUGUCUUGGAUCCAUAUUACCGUGUUAGCAGGUUGCGCGCUAGCUGAAUACAGGCGGUACAGUGCGGCUUCGAGGGGGAUGUCCCACCCUUUUUAACACAAGCUGAGGACUCCGUGGUUUGUGUCGACUCUGCAACAGCGGGGAUAACUCCCAAACUUUGGCGAAAUGACGACGCGGUCGGAGCGAGAAAAAGCCCAGAAACUGAACGAGCAGCAUCAGGUCAUUCUGUCUCAGCUGCUGAGGGAGGACGACAACAAGCUCUGUGCCGACUGUGAGGCGAAAGGUCCUCGAUGGGCGUCAUGGAACCUCGGGGUGUUCAUGUGCAUCCGCUGUGCCGGCAUCCACCGCAACCUGGGGGUCCACAUCUCCAGGGUCAAAUCUGUCAAUCUGGACCAGUGGACACCUGAGCAGAUCCAGAGUAUGGUGGACAUGGGCAACAACCGGGCCAAACGGCUGUAUGAGGACCACCUACCAGAGAGCUUCAGACGGCCCCAGACAGACCAAGCAGUGGAGGUCUUCAUCCGGGAUAAGUACGAGAGGAAAAAGUAUUACAACAAGGAGGCCGUGACUGCAGCUCCGAAGGAAAAGAAAAAAGAGGAGAAGAAAGAGAAGGACGGAGACAAAGGGGAGAGACUCAACAACGCAAAGCAGUCGGAGUGCAAAGCCGGUGCCAAGGAAGGCGCAGAGCCGGCCGUGGACCUGCUGGGGCUGGAUGCUCCAGAGGGUGCUGCACCACUAAGCGAGGAAUCAGACAUCUUUGGACCAAUGGUCUCCAACCCUCUCCCAUCUUCCAACAACACACAGCAGCCCGGCUCUGGUACAGCACCUCAGCAGGCGGACCCCUCCACCUCCUCCUCUGCUUCCUCCUCCACUUCCACCACCACCACCACCAAGGCGGAGGAGAAGAAGAAGCUUCUAUCUAAGGACUCCAUCCUGUCUCUGUACGCCAGCAGCUCAGUGGCCAGUCAGCCGCAGAGCCAGCAGCAGCAGCAGGCUGCCCCGGGACAAGCAGGGAUGUACGCGGGCCAGCCUCAGAUGCAGUUCGCCCCGCAGGGCUUCACAGGGGCGGCCGGCGCCGUCCCGCCCACCACCACAACCAUGAUGGGCGGGGGGGCCGUGAUGUCCGGCGUGGCUCUGCCCAACGGCGCCUUUGCGGGCAUGCAGCAGCAGGGCGGGGGGCCAGCCAACCUGCUCAUGCAGCAGGGACAGUGGGGCAUGAACCAGAUGUCCCAUCAGAUGUCGGGCAUGGCGGUGAGUGGUGGCCAGUCAGCGGCCCCCGCGGCCGGCUGGCCCGCGGCCCCCCCACCGGCUUCUGGCCAGACCCUCAGCACUCAGCUGUGGAAGUCAUAAGCAGGAGGUCCGAAGGAGAAGUGGGUGUUUUGGGGGGUCGUAUGGGACAGCCCAAGAAUGUGCUCCCGACCCACACAGAAGGAGCUGAAUAAAGAACGCACAACGGGGGUAGUUUGACUGCCUUUACUGCCCACAACAACAAAAAAAGUAAAAUCAACCCUAUGUGAUGAUGCUGGACGGAGCGGCUGGAGUGAGAAAGUGUGGCUGCUGUUGUUUCCCACCUACAUUCAGCUUCUUUCUCUUUGUUGUUGUUGUCGUCUGAAGAGACCGAAGAAAGCUGCUGGACUGAGAACUCAAGUGUCCAUUAUAGUAACAUUGUAUCCUUACCAAAGUGGGUAGUUAGUGAGUAGUCUUUCAAUGCAUACAGUAGAUAUGGCUAUUUUGUGGUUGCUCCCUCCCUCUGCAGUGCAUAUUGUAACCCCCCCCCCCCCCCCCCCCUCCCUCUGUAGGGCAGAUAGUCGUCUGAUCAGUACUGUAUAUUUGUGAUGAUGAUGUGAACCUCCAGCUGUUUUCAGAGCCAUAGGAGAGAGCUUGAUGCCUCCGCCUCUCCAUUACUUACGAGAUUGUUAUUUUCCUUCUCCUCUUUGACGCUCCAGAGGUGAUGACGUGCGGGUUACCUUAAAGCGUCCUGUGGGGCUUUUCACUAGCAAGCGCUAAAAAGGGGUUUCAAGCUGCUCACGGUAGAUCGAGCAGUUCCAUACAAAAAAUUUGAAAACAUUGAACAAUCAGUGGCUCGUUUUUUUUGUCCCUCACCAUCAGGUGGUCCACGGAUGAGCUCUGCAGUAAGAGCAUUACACCAGUGGUCACCUCGGCGGUUGAGUCAGAGCUGCACACGAGGGAAACUGUUCAACUUAAUCCAUUACCAGUAUAUGAAAUUCCUAAAGUCUGCAGGACUUGGCACCAGAUCGAUAUCACAUUAUCGUAGCAUUUAGAGGCUGAUUUACGUCACGCAAGGAACAACAACAACAACAGCAGCAGCAGCAUGGCAAAUCACCUGAACUGCACAUGUGCAACUCAUGACGCAGACGAAAAGACGAUUGCUGCGUCCAGAGUGGAUGGUGGGACUGGCUAACCGAGCCGCCAUCUUGGGUCCUUCUCAUCUCUGUUGAUAGUGAUAAUGUAAAUUUCAGCCAUUUUGCCAAACUUAUCAAGAAAAAAGAUGUGACAGCAAUGUCAAAUUGAGACAAAGACAUUAGCUUAGCUUCUAGACUUAAAGCAGGUGAGAACAGCAUUGCUCUAUUCCAGAGUUUUAAAAACCUUUAGAAUCAUCAAUCUAAAAAAAAAGCUCAUAGAUUUACUGGGAAAUCUUUUUUUUCAUUUGGUGUAAACACAUUUUAUAUGCAGAUGAUUCAUUGCUGUUCGUCACAUGGCGGCUGGUUAUAAACAGGUUCCCUUCUAGUGAUUGCUGGGAGCACUGGGCCCAGCCGGGUGUCUGAUUGUCAACAAGCUGCCGUCGUAGAUUCGUCCUUCGACCCAUUGAGGACUGCAGUGCGUUUUUACUGUACUUUAAAUAGUAGAGUAGGUAGUAUCCCAAAAUGUGUCACGGUUUCAGCAGUGAGGUCGUUGUCAUGGAAACGUCCGAGUUGUUCUGUCGGUUGACUUCCAACUGCUGGAGGGUCUUCUACGAUCUUUUUUUUUUUUCUCUUUCUUUAAAAAUGUUGCUCCCCACAUGUGAUGCUGUAACUGUAUAUUCUGCCAUCCACCCUUUGUUGUGGUGUUUUAUUGUGUGCAGUACGAGAGAAGCACAGUUAUUCUGAAGCCAUUCAACCUGACCAAUCAAUGGGCAAGACGAAAGGGGAGGUGGGAUCAGAAUUGAACAGCGUUAACAAGAGGUGACCUUUAUGGAAAACGCCACAUGGGUCCCAUCGCUGUCCAGCCCUUGUUUAUUCAGAGUAUGAACAGAGGAGCAAGAGUAGAACUUAAUAAACGUGCAUACUCGUGGGAGAAGAAGUAUCAAUACAAGUCUGUACUGAAUAUUUGAAAUGGUGUCCAUACUGAACAGUAGGGAUGCUGCGCUGCCUUUCUGCUCCCUCUGGUCUCCAAUGCCGGCACACAAACACACACAGUGCUACUUAUCUUUUAAUAAAGAUCUCAGAUUUUAUGCCCCCCAUGUUGUGUACAUUUUUUCAUAUUUGAAUACUGAGUAUUGGAAAAUGGAUUCAUUAGGGGAUUCGGCACAAUCUGCCUGGCUUUAGUCAACCGUCCAACAACACCGACCUUGAUGUUGAGCGUUUUUUUUUCCAGUCUAAAAAUAGUAAUUAGAGUACUUUAAUGGCAUACACAACAUCGCUUAGCGGAUUUCAAUUUGUCGCCUAUCUUCACCGUGGCUCCUAGUGGAUUAUCGGGCUCGUGGGAGAUUACCUUGGCUUCCCUUGAAGAUGGAUGAGAUCAGGCGGCAGCAGCACAAGGUUCCCAGCAGCCUUUGAGAAAUUUCCAUGUUCAGUGAACAUGUACAGAAACAAUGACAUGUUGUCAAAUCCAUCUGCAGGCUGGCUGCAAAGUUGGUACAGAAUGUUUGGGAGAUUUGUGUGUAUUUUUAUUAAUUUCAUCUGUCUUUUAAAGCACUUAAUUAAUUUCUGCUCGGUUAUCUGAAUUUUUCAUUAUACUAAUAUCAACCUUUCGGAAUGUGGUGGAUGUCACUGACAGGACUACAAAAAGCUCAACUACAACACGACCCCAUGAGGUUUAUUAAAAUGUUGCAUGCUUGCUAGUUGAAGCUUUGCUGAGACGCUCUCGAGGUGUGACGAAGAGAACCAGGGUGAUGUCACAAUUAAUGAUCAACUCGCUUCAGUGGUGAGACUGAGUAUUCAACAUCAACUAAAUUGUUCAAUAUCAAUAUUUUCUAUGUUUAAUCAUUUAGAUUCAACAGUUUGGUUUUUAACUUUUUAACAGUUUAAGAAUAUAUUCAAGUUUGUUUUGGUUCUUGGUGGGACUAUGAGAAAGUUUUACCACGUUCACGUCUCGUUGACUAUCCUUUGAUCCAGAAACCAGUUAUUAUUUCAUACAAUGGAGAAAGAGAAGAGAGCGUCAACUUGUCUUAACUAAAAUAUAUAUACUUUUUUCAGAAAUGAAUUUGAUUAAUCUGGUCGUUAUUUUUUUCUGAUGGGUGUGAAGUAAUUGCAGUUCCAAACUAACUACAAAUGUCGUAUUAUUCUGUGUAAACGGGGGAAAUCUUGAUAUUUGAGAAGCUGGAAGCAGCACAUUCUUUCAACAGUGAAUCAGAUUAUUUAAUGAAACAUUUUUACUUUAGCAAUGUAAUGUGCAUAUGCAUUUCUG